AUGGGGAGAAUCCACCAUAUCAAUGUGGUUCGCUUGGUGGGAUAUUGUGCUGACGGAUUCAGAAGAGCUCUUCUUUAUGAGUUCUUGCCAAACAAUUCACUUGAAAAGUUUAUAUCCACUAAUAAAGAGAAGAAUUCACUUGGUUGGGAGAAGUUGCAUGACAUUGCUCUUGGCAUUGCUAAAGGAAUUGAAUAUCUUCACCUAGGGUGUGAUCAACGAAUCCUGCACUUUGAUAUUAAGCCUCACAAUGUUUUGUUAGAUAAUAAGUUUAUCCCGAAGAUCUCUGAUUUUGGUCUAGCAAAAUUGUGUUCAAAGGAACAAAGUGCUGUUUCCAUGACUACUGCUAGAGGGACUGUGGGUUACAUUGCACCCGAAGUGUUCUCCAGGAACUUUGGGAACGUGUCAUACAAAUCAGAUGUUUAUAGUUUUGGGAUGUUGUUGCUAGAUAUGGUUGGAGGGAGGCAAAAUAUGGUAACAGAAAACAACGAGUGUUACUUUCCGGAAUGGAUAUAUAAACGUUUGGAUCAAGGAGAAGAUCUAGGAAUACAAAUUGAGGAAGACGGAGAUGCGAAAAUUAUAAGGAAAAUAACAAUUGUGGGACUUUGGUGCAUACAAUGGUACCCAGUGGACCGACCAUCGAUGAAAGUUGUGGUGCAGAUGUUGGAAGGAGAUGGAGACACUCUAACAGUUCCCCACAGUCCAUUUGCUUCCACAAAUCCAAUGUCAACAAGGGGAACAAUAGGUGGAAGAACUUUUAAUAGUGAGUUAGAAAUAAUUUCUGAAUCUGAAUGA